AUGCCUCUAUCGGAAAUUGGUGAGGAGGGCCCUGAAUGCUGUGAGCGAAUCAACACUUUGUGCCUAUUUCUCAGCAAGAAUGAGACAAUUCUCGACUGUCUUAGCUUGACCGACUUGCGCGGGCGUGUUUGCAACGCAUUGAUGGGAACUUCUUUUUUUCCGGUCCACUCUAACCUGGCGCCUUGGAUGCACCUUGUUAUUUGCAUAAGGAUCACUUUUUCUUGUUUUAUUCCCGGCUUGGCAUGUGGUGUUAAAUUUACAGGGCCAUCUCAAAUCGCGCUCACAUUUGCAUAA